UUGGUUUGUUACCUCCCCUGCUCAUGGAUUAUCGCGAUGCAGGAGGACGACAGAAGAGACACAGGUAACCGCGCCCAGUGCCAGUGAUGCCUGACAUUCUGCACACGUGCAGUUUAAACAUACUGCCUGUCAAUAAACAGGGAACCAGCGCUAUUUUGGUAAGCAUUCGACUGACUGGCGCUGUCAUAUAUCUGCUGCAGCUUCUGCAAGCAAGAGAACGCAACUGCGAGGCUGCCUUGUGGACUUGUCUUUGGACGAGGGUGGUUGUACCUAGUGUGCUUUGCGAAGUGACUACCACAGGAGCUUGAUAACAUGGAUGCAGGAAAGGCUUCACAGUCGUAUGCCAUGGGAAUAGACAUCGGCACGACUUCUAUCAAAAUCGCAAUUAUUGAUGCAUCAGGGGAGGUGGUAGAGAAUGUGACUACGCCCUCACAAGCAGCAGUAGUCAGCGAUGUCGGUGACCUAGGGGCCGAACAGUGCCCACAAGCUGUUUGGUCAGCAUUGCAGGCUGGGAUGCGUCAGCUGUCCACUCAAAACCAAGUUAAGGUGCAGUGCAUUGGCAUCUCAGGCCAGAUGCAUGGUGUUAUGUUAUGGCAGCAUGGACAGGCAUGGGAAUGGGUUGAUAUGCAGGCACGUAACAUCAAGUUGGACAAUGUUAGCAAUCUGUACACAUGGCAAGAUCGCAGGUGUACUCUAGAGUUCCUGUCUUCACUGCCCAAACCAGAUCCAUCCUCAAAAGUGUCAACAGGCUAUGGCUGUGCAACUUUAUUUUGGUUGCUGAAAAAUAAACCACAGUACCUUGAGGAGAGACAGUUUGACUGCGUUGGUACUGUUAUGGAUUUUGUGGUUGCAGCCAUUUGCGAUUUAAAGCGACCUGUGACUUCAAACCAGUUAGCAGCAAGCAUGGGCUACUACAAUAUCCAUUCUGGAAAAUGGGAUCUUGAUAUCUUGAAGGAGAGUGGGUUUCCUGUAUCUAUGCUACCAGAAGUGAAAAAUGCUGGCACUAUGGCAGGGCAUUUACAUCAAGGCUUGCAUCAUGUGCCUGCAGGAACACCUGUUCUAGUUGCCAUGGGUGACAUGCAGUGUGCUGUAUUUUCUGCUGUCCAGCAAUCAACAGAUGCAAUGAUGAACAUCAGCACCUCCAUUCAGAUCAGCACAGUUGUGGAGGACAUUGGUCAAGCCAAGUCUUUUGCAGACUGCUGCCCAGCACUUGAUGUUGUCCCUUACUUCAAUUCAAAGUUACUUGCAGUUGUUGCGGGACUGAACGGGGGCAAUGUUAUUGAUUGUCUGGUUUCAACGUUGAAGCAGUGGCUGAAGGAUUUAGAUUUGGAUGAAUCUAUUCCUGACAAAAUCUUGCUUGAAAAAAUGUUGUCACUUGGUAAAGCCAGUUCACCAUCAGGUUCCCUGCAGAUAAAGCCUACUGUGUUUGGAGAACGUCACGACCCACACAUGCUUGCUCAGGUCUUGGGGAUCAGUCCAUGUAAUGCUUCACUUGGUGCAAUUUUCAGAGCAGUUUCAGAGGGCAUUGUGGACAACAUUUUUCAUCUGAUGUCUCCAGAAUUAUUGGCUAAGCAUGGAGUAAGUAGAGUGAUUGCCUCUGGUUCAGUUUUGUCUCAAAAUUCUCUGGUCCACAAAAGGCUGGAAGACACUCUAGGUGAACAUAUGGAGCUUGUUCAUGGCAAUGCUAGCGAUUCAGCAUUUGGUGCAGCUAAAGCAGCACUGGUGGCUGUGGGGGACAGUGAAUAAGACAACAGGCUGCACAUUUUGAGCUAGAAACUUGAACAUCUAGCCAUUAUUUGUGUCUAAGUAAAAGUUGUGUGAUGAAUUAUAACAAAGAAGAAACCUUAUCAGCAUUGCGAUGAGUUAUUUUAUUUGCUAACAUUCCUUUCAAUGCUGUGAAAGAUUCAGUGUUAGAAGUAGUUUAUCAAAAUGUGUCAUUGUUAUCCGAUGCUAAACAAAAAAAAAAAACAAAAAAAAACAACCGUCUCGUGGGAAAGCACCCACAUUUUACAUUCACUGUGCUUUUUUGUUUUUGGUUUAUCAGUGUAAGUGUCACUUUUCAGGUUUAAUGAAAAUGAUUUUUUUUCAAUCCCAAAUAUACUCGCACAUUGUUCAUGCAUGGAUUCAGUUGUAUAAACUGUAAAACUAGCUAUUAGACAGGUAGUUACAGAAGAGACAACAACUUGAAUUUGUAUUGACUCAUAAACACAGUCAAAUGCUUGUAGAUGAUGGCAUCAUCAACAUAAUAAACAUGCUCCUCAGUGAAAUGAAGGAGUAUUGGUGCAUCAAUAAUCUCGAUGUAUUAACAGCUUUUUAAUAUUUGAUGGGAUGUAAUAAAUAAAGAACAUUUUGAAAAUCAA